CAAGAGCAUCACCAAGUAGCGCGUGUGUGAUGUUUUGCAGCCGUGUGUGUAGCCCCAAGUAGACCCUCGCGUAGACUACGGUGUCUAGGCAGCGGUGUGUAGCCUGCAUAGUGUGCAUGUAGCCGUGGUUUAGUACUCUGUAUAUGUGUGUAGCCUAUAUCUAUAUAUUGUUUAUAGCUCUGUGUGGUGGGUCUUGAAGCGAACAGCUGUUGUGUGUGACGCCACUCAAACAUUAAACUGCCAACACUCAACUGCUGUUAUUGUUGUUGUGCUGCUGCUGCUGCUGCGCCUGCUGCCUUCCUCGAUGAACUUGUUCCUAAACACACACUUCUUCCUUAACAUUCCUGCCUCCUUACUAGCAGAAGAGCCUUCGUCCGGCACUAGAGAACUAAGUCUUUGACUCUGUUAGUAGAAAAGUUAGAUGUUGCCACACGUAAGCACAGAUAGAAAUUAAAUAGUAAUAUAAACUUCAAAGUAUUAAUAUUAGCAGAAGUAUAAUGACGUCCCUGGGUGACACCAUCUGAUGUCCAGAGAUCUCGCAGCUUCGUAGCGGAACUGGUGCGGCGGAUGGAAUCAAGUACAUACAUAUCCAGCAUAUGAGAUGGCAGUCCCUCGGCACGCUAGGUGUUCAGCCUCUUAAGGAAUCAUAAUUUCCUCAGCCCUUCCGCUGCCAACCCUUGGAUAUCGCCAAAUAAAGAAGGACCUGGAAGAGGUGCAUUAGUUCAGGAGGUGAAAUGCAGUCAGCGUUCUUGAAAAUGAUAACAAAAGCACACUAAUUUUCGUCCUUUACUCCGUCUGACCACCAUAAGUGUCUGCCGGAUCUUCACCACUGACACCAUCCACCGAUACCGUCUUGGAGUGAGUGACGUUCACUGUCAGCAGUUUGCUCUAAGUGGUCCCUGUCUGUCCUCUUUGCUACCUUCCGCUGCCGCAUCUACCGCCAUGGACAACGUCACAGGAAACUCCUACGUGGAGAAUGAGACAAAGAGCACACUCCUAGACACUGCCACCAGCGACCUGGAGGUGCAGGUGUCUGGCAUCGUGCUGUGCCCCCUCGGGUCGUCCCACGAGUCCGACACACAGUCGAUCUACCGUGCGCGGGCGCCCUUCGCCUCCAUCGCUGAGGAUGAAAUGAAGGAUCAGUUGCAAAUCGGCCGCGCUCCCAUCGCCUCGCUGGACUGCAUGGAGGAGUUCCAGGGCUGCGGCGGCGACCAUGUGUCCACCCGGAGCGACUCCCAGGCGCUCGUGUCCCGCCAGUCCUCCAUCGCCUCCUGCCUCAAGUACAAGCCCCUCGGCAAGUCCGGGCUGCGGGUCUCCCAGCUUGGACUCGGUACCUGGGUGACCUUCAGCCCCCUGGUGUCCGAGGAGACAGCGGAGGAGAUUGUGACCGUGGCGUACGAGGCGGGCAUCAACCUAUUUGAUUUGAGUGAGGCAUACAGCGGCGGUCGGGCCGAGAUCCAGCUAGGUAACAUCUUGAAAAAGAAAGGCUGGCGGAGGUCCUCAUACCAUGUAAUCACCAAGGUGUACUGGAACUCAAAGGGUGACGAGCGAGGAUUAUCCCGAAAGCACAUCAUAGAGUCAGUCAAAUCUUCGUUAGAACGUCUUCAGCUGGACUACAUCGAUGUCAUCAUCAUCCAUCGAGCUGACGACAUGUGUCCUAUGGAAGAGGUGGUGCGCGCGGCGUCGCACUGCAUAGACCAGGGUUGGUGCAUGUACUGGGGCACGUCCCGCUGGUCGGCCGUCGAGAUCAUGGAGGCGUGGACCAACUGCCGCCAGUUCAACUGCAUCACGCCCAUCGUGGAGCAGAGCGAAUAUCACCUCUUCUGCAGGAGCAAGACAGAGCUCUACCUGCCUGAGAUCUACAACAAGAUCGGAGUCGGCACCAUGGCCUGGUCGCCGCUCGCCAUCGGCCUCAUCUCCAGCAAGAUGGACGAUGGGAUGCCAGUGUUCACUCGGCAGUCUUUCAAGAAAAAGUACACCUCAUCAAUAAGUUGGAACGAAGACGAGACCCAAGCAUCAGGGAACGUGAAGGACCAGGGAUACACGUGGCUGAAGGACAAAGCAGGCACGGAGGAUGGCCGGAAGCAGCAGGCCAGAUUGCGGGAGCUGGCGCAGUUGGCUGAGCGCUUAGGAUGCUCGCUCACACAGCUGUCGGUGGCCUGGAGCCUCAAGAACGAUAAGCUCCACUGCGUCCUCGUCGGCGCCACGACCGUCGAGCAACUUCUCGAGAAUAUCAACUCUCUUCAGGUGUUGCCGAAACUCAAGUCUGAGCACAUUGAUGCACUGGAACGCAUCCUGGACAACAAGCCUAUUCGUCCUCGGGUGGUGUCCACCCUUGAGCAAAGAUGACAAGAGCUAGCGGCGCAGGGGGUCGAGGAAGAGAGUGAGGAGGUAGUGUGAACCAGCUUCUAAAACUCCUUUCUGUGCCAUCAUGUAAGAACUGCACCCCUGUGCCAGACACCAACGAAGAAGACGACCAGAAUCCCCAAGUGAGGAACUGAAUUGUUCAUAAAGCGUCAACACCGAAGUCUGCAGGACAGAUCAUCCAUUAACACGUGGAGCUGUAUAGCGAGAAGGCGUGAUAUUACCUACGGGACAAGAAGAAUGCAUAAGUUCAACUUUUUACAUCAGACUUCAAUCAAAAUACAACAUGGACGAAAUGCCACAUUGUUCAAACAUUUACUUCAUGUAUAAUUUCCGAAAACUAAUUAACAAUACAAGUCUCCGUACUGCAAGGCUAGGAGAUGAAUAUUCUAUGAUUACCGUAGAAUAACUGUAUAUUGAGGUACCAAGUUUGCUUAUCUGUUGAACUUAAUAACAGUAAUAGAGUUUAUUCUUGAAGGUGAAAAUUAUGAAACUAUCCAGUAAAAUUCAGCAUACUUCUAACUUCUAGUUAUAACUUCUGAGCAUCAUACUCCUUCGUGAAUACAUAGUACACACGAAUGGCACAAAGGCGAGAAUCCUUUGUUCUUUAUAAUGUGAUAUGGAAACAUAUUUUGUCUGAAACGGGCAGGUCAUUAGUAAACACUUUACAUAGAACAUUAUUUGUAUAAUUUAUAGUAAAUUUUGUUUAUACACUCACUCACUCACUCACUCACUCACUCACUCACUCACUCACUCACUCACUCACUCACUCACUCACUCAUUCACUCACUCAUUCACUCACUC